AGAGGAACCAUCGGCUCAGCUCUCAGUCCUGCGGGUGACCUGGCGUGGGUGGGGCCGUCGCAUAUCCCCCCUCCUCUGGACAAAGUGAGAAAUAAAAACUGACGAGUGAAUGAGAAAAAAAGGUGAUUAAAAGCAUCGUAAUUAUGUGUACAGUAUUAAUUACACCUCAUUAUCCCAGUGAAACAAGGUAGUUAAUAAUAUCACAGUGUCCCCUUAACUAUGCCAGACAGAAAAUGGGAAAUAAGAACGAAAAUGAAAGAUAAAUUAUGUGGGAUUGAUUUAUGUUUGACCGAAAUUAAAUGAAAAAUAAGGCAAUAGAAAAUGUCACUGGACGAUAUAUGACAAAUGAUGUGUAUUUAGGUAAUGAAUGAUGACGAAAUAAAGUGAAAAAUGGGAUUAAUAAUAGAGAAACAGAGGACGAAGGAGGAGGAUGGCAAUGUCGUUACUAAAAGAGGAAUAAGAGAAAGAGUAACAAGGCCUCAGGUGAAGAAAUAUACCACAGAAAGAAAAGAAAGAGAAAAGAUAGGAAAGGGAGAAAAUAAAGAGAGAAAUAUUAAAAGUGAAGAGAAGAAAUACAGUGAGAAAACGCCAAGUGGUUCAAAGACAAAAGACACAACGAAUAAAAGAACGAAAGGAAAAACAGCGAUAACGAACGCAGAAGGAAGUGGAGAGACAACAAGAAGAGAAGAGAAAGAAGAAGAAGAAUUUAAAUCAAACUGGAUACCUGAACACGAAGACUUGGUGACGUUUGUUUUGGUAUCUGGUUCACAUACACCUGACGAAGGCCAUGACGAUGAUGAUGAGUCCACCUCCUCCUCUUCCUUUUCCUUCUUCGCCUCCUCCUCCAGCACCAGCAGCGUAUUGGGCAGGUUCCAGGAGAAGAAGCCCGUGCCCAGGUUUCCAUCUUCCAGACCGACGUCCUUGGAAACCAUCAUUGAAGACGGUCCUUGUCCUUACUCUUUCCAGGAAGCCAUCAUGAGCUCGUCACUGGAUAGCCGAGCCUUCUAUCGUGACUGUCGAGGUAGUCUGGAGAGCUUACUGGGGAGGAACAGAGGAACACAUCGGAAUCUUCCCAGAAAAACAGAUGGUUUCGGCGGCGAUAUUGUCCUCGGGAGGAAAAAGAUACUAUCGGACAUUCUCGCUGAGGAAGAAAAUUCCGGCGAGGAUUUUCUCUCCGUUCCUGAAGAAGAGGAAGAAGAUGGAGAAGAAGAAUGGAGAGACUUUCUAGAGAAGACAAUGGAGGGGGUAGUGGAUGCAGCAGCUGUUGGGAGGAAAGGAGAAUCUAUUGAUGGAAGUUUCUCCUUCCCUGGCGAGUUUUUAUUGGAAGGUGAAGAGCUUAAGUCCUUGAUGAAUGAUUCACCUUUACCUUACAGCUUUACGGCCCAAGACGAGGCUGGUGAUGGACCUCUGACUCAGGACUGCCAACCUGACGAGGAUGUAGUAGAUGCAGUAAGUGGCGCUGACGAGGGUCUUCCCGAAGGAGCAGCUGAGACUGACGAUGCCUGUGAAGAAAAACACUCCAAGGGCAUCCCAGAAGAAGCAGAUGAUUUUGUUGAUUAUGACCCACGAGAUAUAAUUCACCCGAGUAAAGAUUCUGACGAUGGUGUGAACGAAGACCACCAUCAUCAUCAUAACUACAGUGACGGUGUCCUGCGAGAAAGACCCACAGCUGAGGGUGACACAGCAGAAGUCCUUGACACUAUCGGCGACAAGAGAUGCAUCCCCGAUAACGAAUGCAGUGAUGUAGAGCGCCGUCAGCACCUCCACCAGCACCACCUUCUCGACCCUGACGGUACACAGAUCACAACCUCUGAUAGGGAUCGAUGCCCGGGCGAAGUUGACGGACAGCGGGAAGGAGGAGGCGGCCUGGAGGUUAUUGCUGAUGGUGACGAAGGUGCUGCUGACGAGGGUGACGAAGGUGCUACUGACGAGGGUGACGAAGGUGCUGCUGACGAGGUUGUUCUUGACGAGGGUGGGACUAAUGGAUGCCGGGAUAUACUGAAGAAGGAAGGAGUUGAUGUGUCCAGGAUUGAAGGAGGUGAUGUGUCCAGGAAGGAAGAAGGUGAUGUGUCCAGGAGUGAAGGAGCCGAUAUGUCCAAGGAAGGAGAAGGAGGAACCGAUGUGACCAAGAAGGAAGAAGUGUCCCCAAAAGAAGUUUCCUUUAGUGUCUACAUCCAACUGGAAGCUUUAAACGAAGAGGUGACCAUAGAGGAGAAGAGGGGUGAAGGAAAGGAAGAGGAGGGGAAGGAAGCAACAACGGAGGACGGGGAUGAAGGAGAGAAGAAGGAGCAGAACAAAGCAACGGAAGAAAGAAUUAUGAGUGAAGCGAUAACGAAAGAGAUGGAUGGAACGAUAACGAUAACGAAUGAUAUCACACUAGAGACAACAACGAAUAAGAGAAGCGAACAAAAGACAAAUAAACAGAACGAAAGAAUAUUGGAGGACAGAGAUAAAGUAAAAACGGAAGAAUGGGACGUGGAAAUGACAGAUAAACCGAAAGAAGGGACAACGAAGGAGAGGGAGGAGGCGAGACAGGAAGGAGGCGAGGGACGACUGGCUCCAAAAUACCUGCGGGAGUUUGUAAAAGGUGAGUUGAGUUGUCCUGGUUCGAGGUUAACGAGGCAGGAAAACACAGGUAAAGUCAAUUUUUACCUGUUGAUAGUUAACGUCAAUGCGUGA